UGUCCUAGAAGCUGGUGUUCAGAAGACACUGUAAGAGAAAGUUGGUCACUCACAUUGCAUUCCUUCACGUCAACCUAGUGUAAUAGUUAACAGAGGCAGCCAUCAUGAUUGAUCGGCGUAGUGUUGUGGAGAACCUCCGCGCUUGCCUCCUUUCCAUAAAAGGAGGCAUAUCAGUGAAGGCUUUAGACCGAGACUACAGAACCUUAGUUGGACAUAGCAUUCCAUACAGAGAACUGGGUUAUUCAUCUUUGGAACAGUUUCUAAAGACUGUUGAAGAUAUGCGAAUUUUCACUGGUUCAAAUGGUGAAUUGAUGUUUGAUACCAUCCCUAAAGAAAACACUGCUCAUUUGGCUGCUUUGGUAGCUAAGCAGAAGUCUGCACCCAAAAAACUGAAAUUUCCAUUGAAGAAUGCUGCGCCAAGCAGAUCACGGAAUUUUCCGCCAGGAAACAAGUGGAAUUCAAAAAAACCUGAAUCGAAGCCUUCCUCUAGAAGACAGCCAAUUACUGUCUCACUCAGUGGAAAAGGAGCUCAGUCAAAUAAUCAGUCAAACUCAAUGGUCCGAACGGUUCAGUCAUCUUGGACACCAGGCCGACCAGACAACUAUGAAAAACCACCACGGUUUUCAAGAGGGGGUGCUAUACCUUCACCACAACCAACAGAUGCACACAUUCCAUCACUAUUUGAUAGAGCACCACCAUUGUACCUAGAAUCGCAUUACAGUUUGCCUACAACUGUUGAUCGUGUUCCAUAUCAGUCUGCUGCAACAUCUAUUGUUUAUGAAGAAUUUUAUAUGCCUCAACAACCUAUUCCACAGUUAUGUGAAAGCUUCAGCCAGUGUGAGGUGACACCUUCUGUGUCAACUCGUGUGCGACCUCCCAUUACACCUCUACGGCCUCCUGCUGCGCCUGUGCGACCGCCUCUUACACCUGCGAGACCUCCUGUUACACCUGCGACACCUCCUAUGACACAUCUUAAAGAAACAUUGCGGAAGGCUAGAAAUAAAGUGCAACCUUCUGUCAUCAUUGAAUCAUUCUUGCCUCGCAGAGGAAGUGGGUCUGAGAAGCUAUACACAGAUAAACUGCAUGAAUAUGCUGUGCAGCAAGGCCUGGGGGAACCAUCAUACAAAUUAGUACCUCGUAAACCAAAAGGAGAACCAUUUGUUUAUAGUUGUGUUGUAAAGGUUGGUGAUGAGAAUUUUAAUAAUUAUCCUGAUGAGAAAAGUACACCAGAGGAAGCAGCAGAGUCAGUUGCAAAAUUGGCUGUACUGGAAUUAACAAAAUUGAAUAAAAGCCUUUCAGCUCAGAGCGGUACUACAACUGACAGAAAUGUAAUUAUAAGAAGAGUUAGCCAGAUAGUUAAAGAUUACGAGAGUGGACUGUUCAUUACACAAGUUCCUGUGGAGUAUACAAAAAGGCAUAGUGAAUCUCUUCCUGACAACUGGGAGAAAAUAAUUAGUAACUGCCCAACCAUAUCCAUGGAUACGAUAGCAGGAAAGACAAUUCUGUGGCCAGUACAGGCUUCACAAGAAGCACAGCAACAGACAACAUUCCAAAGCCAGACUGGAAGUACUAAAGUGGAGAAACAAGCAGUGCCUCCCCUUAUUGAGUUUCCAGCAGACAAGAUUUGGGAUGUAUAUGUUACGAGUGCAGUAUCUACAGAUGAAGUGUGGGUUCGCCUUAUUGGUGAGAUGUAUAGUGAUCGCUUUGAAAAAAUGGCGAGUGAAAUGGAAGAUUUCUACAGCCAAAAGAAGAGGACUGCUCUGAAUCUGAGAGAUGGUUCAUUUUAUGCCAUUGAAUCUGAUGACUGCUGGCACCGUGUAGAACUUCUGGAAGUUAAUGGAGAUGAGGCAUCUGUGUAUUACAUUGAUCAUGGUGAUGAAGACACAGUACCAUGUGAUAAGCUUUGCGUGUUGGAUCCUCAAUUCGCAGCUCUACCCCAACAGGCUGUUGUAUGUAGUCUAGCAGGCAUGGAGGAGUUUCGUGAUGAUGCAUAUGCAGUAAGUUUGUUGGAGAAGAUGGUAAUUGGUGGAACAUUUGUUGCUGAAGUAGAACCAAAUGCAGAAAAAGUUGCACUUGUGUUGUUUGACACAAGCACUGAUGAAGAUAUAAACAUGAACCAGUUGUUAAGUAACAAGAUACGUCAACAUCAAUUCACUCCAGAACUGCCUCAGGUGGACACAGUGAAGGAUGUUUUCAUUAGUAGUAUAGCUCAUAAUGGAGAUGUCCAUAUACAGAUGAGUUUAAAACCUCUAGAUUAUAUAACUAGUCAAAUACAAGCAAUUUUAGAAGCAGCUGUGAAUGAGUAUCUGCCCAAAGCUUCAGAUGUCAGAAGAAAAGCAGAUGACCUAUAUUUAGCUCCUUAUGCUUCAGACAAUUCUAUGUACCGUGCAAAAAUUGUGGAGGAGUACCCUGCAACAAAUGAGGCAGACAUCAUAUUUGUUGAUUAUGGUAACAUAGAGCGGGCCCGUCUUGACAGUCUUAUACUUCUGGAAAAUGUAGAUGAUGAACUGAAGAGCAUUCCAUAUCAGGCAAUUAAGGUGAACAUGCACAAUUUACCAUCAUCAGUAUUCAAUGAAAAAGUUGCAAAUCGACUUCUGGAGCUUGUUCCUCAGACAGAUACUGUGCUCAUGAAAGUUAUAACACCAGGCACUGACACAGAAGCACCUACAGUGGAGCUCUUCAAACGGUUCACAGAUGAAAAACUAUUAGUGUCCAUCAACAACACACUAGCAUUGGAUCCAGACUUAAUAAGGUCAUCUGAAACAAGUUCUGGUACAGAUCUGCAACGUAAGAAACGUGCGGAACGUUCUCAGUCUGUACCAUCCGCAGGGAAAAGUCCAGAUGAACGUUACAGUGAAACUGGUGUUGUCCGCACUCCUGGAAUACCACCACCAUUAAUACCGAAAGUCAAUACUGUAUUUGAUAUUCAUGUAACAAUGGCUUCAAACCCCAGCAACUUUAUGGUACAAGCUUAUGAAAACCUUGCAGCACUUGAUGAAAUGAUGGACAAACUCCAAGAGAGGUACAAUGAAAUUGGUGGUAGCUCAGUUCCACAAAGUAUAGUUGAGGGAGAAUUUUAUGCAGUUCUUCAUUCUGACCAGCUCUGGUACAGAGGCAAAGUCAUAAGCGUUAUGAGCGAUUCAGUAAUUUCUGUGUACUUCUGCGACUAUGGUGAUGUCUCAGUCCUCUCCCGUGAAAAGUUCAGACUGCUGGCAGAUGAAUUUAAGACUCUGCCACAUCAAGCAAUAAAGGCAAAAUUAUGUGCUGUAAAACCAAUUCAUGGAGACUGGUCUGUGGAGGACUGUCUAUUGUUCCAGAGCUUGGUGGUGGAGAAACAGUUUCCAUCUUUGGUUUUGGAUACAGGUCCAGAUAUUGUAAAUCCUCAUGAUACUGUUCUGGGAUUAAAAUUAAUAGAUACGUCAGGAGAAAAAGAUUUUUGCAUUGAUGAUUUGCUUGUAAAUCAGAACCGUGCAGUACUCGUUUCCAAGGAGCAGCUUUAAAUAUGCAUUCCAAUUUAUGUCUAUGUUGCUUAGAACUUGCAUUAGGAUGCAGUUAGUAUUUAUGUCAGUGGUUGACAAAUAAUACUUGCACUGCAGAUUCCGACUGAAAAUAAUGUUGCUCACAAAACUUCCAUUAUUUAUGUUUACUUGUUAUGGUAAAUAUGUAUUGUAAUGAAAUGUGUAGUUAUUUAUUAUUUCUGUAAUGAGAAUGUAAAACUUCAUUUCCUGUUUAACCUGUUUUCAGUAUAUGUUAUAUGGUUAUAACCAGUUUGUGUGGAAUAUGAUCUGACUUCGUGUUUCCAUUUUUACUGAAAUAUUGAAGGGGGAGGGGGUUUCAGAAAGAUCAAAGCAUUCUGUGUUUUGCUUGAAUCUUUAUUUCUUCAUUAAACACUUUCUCAUAACUGAAUGUUGUCUUGCUUACAAAUCUUUUCUUUGUUUGGAAAGUUAAUUGUUUCAAAAUGUUACAUUUAAAACAAGUUGAUAACUGGUCAAGUGUGAAAUAAGAAUUAAACCAGCUAAAUGUGGUUGUACAAGUGAACAGUGAAAAUUAUGAAUUAUUGUGAAACAGAGCACAUUCUUGAUUAAACAACAGAAAGGUAAAGCUAGGGAAAAGUAACAAAAUUAGAUAUGAACCACCCAUAAUUUUAAUGCAACCGACAUGUUAUAUUCCAUGUUGGGGGAAAAAUAGAAUUCUGUUAGUGCAAAGUAGAAAUUGAAAACUGUAAAUCCAGGGCAUUGGUCACUACCAAGGAUGACUGGAAGGCACCUUAACUGACAUUAUUUUCAUGUGUUUAUCAUUAUCACACACAACCUAUUUCAUAAAUACAUUUUUUUAUUUACUUUUUUUUCCUUUUUAAAUUGCUGGAUUUCUGUCGUGUAGGAAACAACGAACCAAUAUUUGAUAUUGAGUUGGCUGCCACAUAUCUCCUAGUUGUAGUAUCAGAUGUAAGACAUUAAAAUGCUCCUGCUAUACAGCACAUUAAAACUUUUAUCAAUUUGGGUCUUCCAUAUAAGUACCAAAUAACGAAAUUUUAUUAAUGUGGAACUUUCUUCAGUUUGUAUGAGAGAAGCUAAUGGCAAACUGAAGCUUUUGACUGAGUCCAUAAGGUUUACUAGAAUUGUGUAAUUGGUAGUUCACUGCCCAUCAACAGUAAGUACUUUUAGGUCUGGUCCAGCAGACAGAAUAAAUUUUUCCACUUGAAAUCCAUUGAGUUAGUACUCUUUAAUAUUUUUUAUUUUAUUUUUUUAUUAUUCAUUCACAUGGAAUCCAUUAUACUGUGGAUCUGUCAGAACGGCUUGCUAAUUAGGAAUUUCUCUUUCCACCAGUAGCACACUGCUGUUGUCCUGCUUACUUUCAGGUUCUUAGUUGUUCCGUUUAUUUAAGGUUGUCUUCUAUUCAUUCACUCAAAUCUCUAUUCUACUUGUGAAUGCUAUUGGGAAAUACUGUGGCAUUCAUUGCCUUUAUAGUAGCUAGAAAAUCUGUACUCAUUUUGUUUUUAGCUCAUGGAAAAAUAAUUAUUUUGUAAAUCCCAAUUUUAUUUUGUUUAUGUGGAUUGUCCAGGAAAACAUUACUGUUUCUUGAGAACCUGAUCGUGAUUUACACUUAUUGUGAGUUAAAAACAUUUUAUAUUUCCUUAACUUUUUAUCUUUCAUUUGUGAAUUAUUUUUCUGCUGUGUUUUAUUCGAGUCAUAUGAGCUGUUAAACAAUUGUUUUCUGUCUCUAUGUAAAGAAAUGUGAUAUUUUGUAUUUACUUGUACCAAAGUAUUAGAUAUUCUUAAAAUGUAGGUUAAAAUGAGAUUUAACGUUUGCUGCAAUCUGUACUUUAUGUACCAAUGGACAUUCUGUGAAUGGAGAAUUCAUGGAAGGAACAAAAAUAAACACACAAGAGAUACAAUAUGUAGUAAAAUUUCUGUAUGGUUUAGCAGUUACCUUGCCGGUUUACUAUUAUUGUAAGAUUCCCCCACAUAUGAACGAUAUUGUCAUUUACGUAGCUUUCCUAAUUUGCAUUGCAUUUUCAAAGCAUUUUGACUGGCAGUAUAAUGUUGAUAUGUUGGUUGUAGGACAAGACUUGUAAGCCAAAUCUGUUACCAAGUCUUGCUUUUACAAUAUGGAAAAAUAAAAUGUGUAGUUGAUAGUUGAGUAGUGGUUUGAAUAAUGUUGUAUAUUUCUGAUUCUGUACUAACACCACUCAGAACAGAUGAUCAGUGAUGUGGAAGCUAAACUGGAGUCGAUCAGGUUUCAGCAAAUGUAACCCUCUUACAGAGAGAUUUUUUAAAACAUGGUUAAUAAUAAUGAUCUUACAAUGAUAGGUUUAUACAGUUCUUUCGUAAGUGUAAGAUGUAGCUUUGAAUAAAUGAACAUCGAAGUAUGUAGACAGGGUUUAGGGAGAACAUUGCUUUUUAAUUAUGUAUUUAUUAAAAAAUGUUCUGUGUGACGUGUACGUUGGUGUCCAUCUGUACAAUUUUCAGUCUUAUGGACAUCUUCAGUCUUCUGCCUGCAUGGUCUGUUCCUGUUAAACAAAUGCUUGCCAUUUUGUUUCAUAUAUUGCAUUUUUUACGAAAAUUGCUACAUACAGUAUAUUUAUGUGUUCAUCAAAAGUAACAUAAUGAAUAUCAUAUUUCUUGUGUUGUUCAUGGACCUGUGCUAGUGAAUGUUUUGAAAUUUUUGUAUUCCACUAUACUAUUCAUUUUUGUUAAUUAGAGAUACUUAUCAUUGACUACCAUUGAUUGUUCCUAAGUGCAUGGGUUGUUCUGUUAAGCUUUAUAGUAUUAUUAUGUAUUGGAAAUGUAACUUUUAAGUUCUAUGUUAGCUGUUUGCCUUCAUAUCUUUUAGCAUAUGUUGGGUAACAUUUUUUUGUAGCUUUAAGAUACUAUUUUUAAAUAAAGUAUAUUGUUUACAUACAUAUUUUUACAUAUUUUAUUUUCUGAAGCCAGUUGCUUCACACGUAUCUUCGUUUUUAGUAUACAUUUAUCAUUGCGCCUUCUUUGGUGAAGUUCGAGGUGAACUUAAACGCGUGGUUUUACAGUAACUGCACAAAAUAAUAUAGUGUACCAUUCAUUUUUAUCUGACACUCCAGAAUCAAUUCAAGCUCAAGCAAUCAGUUUUUCUUGCUGUGGUCUUUUUAAUUAAAAAAUAAAUAAAUGAAUUUGGUUCCCGUAUAAAUUUUCAGGUGCAUUCAAGUUAUAACAUUUCCAUUUUCUCCCCCUCAAAAUCUAAUUGCACGAAAACUUGUCACUUCUUGACAUAAUCUCCCUGCAGCUAUACACAUUUUUCAUGUUGAUACCAUAACUGCAUGGCGAAUACUUCUUUAGGGGUCUGGGGUGACGACUGGAAGAUUGAGUCCCUGUCUCAUCCAUUGUCACAAUCAAUAAAAUGAAAGUCCCAUUCAUGCUGCCCUAAAGCAUCAACAUUGCCUGCAACAUACCAUGUGCACAAACUUGUGAACGUCGAUCAGCAGUCAUGACACCCACCUGGAGGACACUUUUUGCCAUUUUAAGUAUCAAAAACAGUCCUCGCUCUAGCCACUGCUGCUAGAGUUCUGUAUGUGUUAAAAGCUGCCAUCUCUGUCACACAUUCAUGAGUGCUUGCACAUUUAAAAAUGAAUUGCAUCUUUCUAUCUUCCUCCAGCACUCAGGAAAAAUAAGUCAAGUGUUAAAACUUGAGUACAUUUCAUACUCAUUCAAAUUACAUAAUAGCCAUUUAUUGCAUUCCCAAACCUUUGCUCCCUGCUCUGCCAAUGCACUUACACAUUCAUCUUAAAAAAUUUUAUUUGGAAACUGUGGUUCAACCUCAUGCAGCUGUUUAUCUCAUGACACAUGGCAUAUUACAUUUCAAGACAUGUAUGUGUCGAUGUAUUCCCCACACUGAAUUGCACAUAAAAUGUAAUUUCUCUCAAGAAUGAGCAACACUGACUAAUUUGUAAAUAUCACCAAGUUGCAUUUUCUGACCCACCUAAAAUUUCCUUAAGAAUUACAAGGAAGAAGAGCCCAGACAGUGCCUCUGUUUAAAUAUUCCAAUUACUCAUAAAAACUUUUUUGUUUAAUUAGUCUUCAUUUGUAGGCCCGAAAAUUUGCUGGGGCUAGGACUAUAGUUUUCUGUGUUCAAGAGUUAUCAGUGGUGAGUACAACGUAAUACACACAUUGUGAACAAUAAGGAUAGUAUGCAUUAGGGCUCCAGUAAAUGUUGAGGAGACAUGCAGAGAAAUAAGCAGACAUUAGUCCUUAUUAGAGCUUCCAGAAUUUCUCCCUCGUGCUUCUUUUUUGUGUAUUUGCUGUGCAGCAGAUUAAAUUGGCACAGGGAAUACUGCAUGGAAUGUAACAGAUAAUUGUUCCCUCUAAGCAUGGUUAGGUCCCAACUUUCAUUAAAAAUUGUAACAAAUCAAUAAUUAUUUGCCUAAUAAUUUUUUUCCUUAUGAGCAGUAGACCCUUGUUAAUUAAGAUUUUCGCUCUAGUGUAACUGUACCACAUCCUAAUCUGCUUGAAUACCUACAUCAGAAGAGAAUUAACUUUGUAAUAUUGUAACCUUUUUUCAGUACUGCUCCUUUCUUUUGUUUGACCAUAUAUUACCUUUUGUCUCCUUUUUACUUUUUUCUGAAAGCUAUGGACAUUAUUUAUCUUUUGUCUUAAUAGUGUACCACCAGUACACUUCUAUAGUUCUGCUGCAAUGAAGUACUAUUCAGCUGCAUUGUUCAUAAGUUAUUUCCUAAUUUGACUAACUUUUGUCACUUCCAGUGGUAGUGAGUCUGCAUUUGGUACAUCCACUCCCCAUUAUAGUCAUACACUUCUUCGGUGGAUGAUAAUCAAGUAGAUUCUUGGAGUAUUCAGUCUGGAAAGGGUAGUCUUCCUAGUUAUUAAUCAUUUUGUCGCCUGUACCUAUGAAGUCAAGGCUUGGGGUUUUGGUUUAUUGUCAGAUAAGUAUGAUAUUGGCACAGUUCUAUAUGAGCUUUUGUAAUGUGCAGAUGCAAUCAGUUUUAUGUUGUAUGUGAUCCUUUUGUUUUUAUUUCACAAAUGGAGACAUAAAUAAAUGACUUGAGUGUUGCUCCAAAUCUAUCUGAACAAUUGUCUGGAAAAAAAAAGAAAAGAAACUGAUAAAGCUACAAUUAAACAUGCCUGUAAAAGAUGUAAAGUUUAAGUUGGAAACAGGAAGAAAUGUCAUUACCAUAAUUUGUGUUGUGAAAUUUAAUUUUGGCCCUUCAUUUCUGUGAAGAAGUAGUCUUUCUGACUUUAAUAUUGUUUAAUUACACAGUAAUUCAAAGUUUAUUUUCAUAAGACUGAUUAAAACAAAUUGUGUAAACAUGAAUAAAUUAAAUGAAUUGUUACAA